CACAUCCGGAAGUUGAUAAAAUAUCCAAGAUGGCGGAAGGAGGAAGAAGUGAAAAAUCACUCCUCGGAAAAUUCGCAAAUAACCAGAGAAAAUAUGGAUCGACAACAAAUUCGACGCGCAGGAAUGAAACAUACAUACAGCAUAAGCUUGUUGAAGGCGAUACCUUGCAGGGUCUUGCCCUUAAAUACGGUGUUACAAUGGAAGACAUCAAACGCUGCAACAAAAUGUGGACAAACGACUCCCUCUAUUUGCGAGAGACGUUACUUAUCCCGAUACCGACAAAUCCAUUUGAACAAGGAACAUUCGUGAAUAGUAACGGUGUAUCAACGAGUAUGCCAUCGACGAGUAAGAGUACCACAGACUCUCAUAGUCCUCGGGACGGUCAGACUAGUCCAAAAAGUACUCGGAGUAAGUCUCCAAAAGGUGCAGAAAAAGACUCGGAAAAGCCAAAAGUGCCAGAAGUAUCGCCAAAUGACUUUUUAAGCAAAUUUGAUACAAAUUUAGCAUCUAUACGAACCAAUGUGACAAAUAUGGAGAAAAAUGCUACUUCGACUACUAACGAGUAUGAGCAAAUGUGUGACCGCACUCGGAAUCUUCCGUCGAUCGUUAACCACGGUGCCUUGCGUAGUUUCUUAAAUGAUGACAAGGACAACCCGUUGAAUUUACUUCCCCAUCGGAAAAAUACUAAAUAUCUCCGACCACAUCGACCGAGCCUUGACAGUGUCCAUAGCGACGACCAAUCAAGUUCGCCAGAAUUAGUCAUCAAAUCAAAAGUGAGGUCGCGGCAAAUACGGACAUCCACGAAUCGAUUCGAGACGACUGAAGAACAGAUGUUUGAACUUUGAUACAGAACUUAGCAUGGGCAUUUGGUCUAUUUGUGAUUGACUCUUAUAUUUUGUAGACCUGAUGCCCGUGAUUUCGGGGGGGGGGGGAUGCGAAUCACUGGCAUUUAAGAAUAAUGUGUAUUAGCUAGUAUUAGCUACUUCGAUCUAAAGAAGGUUAAUCAGCUCAAUUGUGAUAAUAAACAAUACUAAAAAUUGUCCGUCAAUUGCCACGGGUUCUCCUAGCUAUUGUUCUAUUUUGAAAAACACUAGUCAAAUACUCUCUACUCGAGAUAUCAUUCCAGUAAUUACUUAUAUAUUAUACUGCCUGAUUCAAUAUUAACUCUGUAACUGGAAUUUUUCUAACCUCAUCAGUGACGUGAUUUUGCUACUAUUGAUUAGGGGGAAGCUGUGCGGUCAUUAGAGGUAAGAUGGGAUCAUGGAUGGGGUCCAACACCGAUUGGUGACACACAUCGAAAUCGAUGUCUGUCAAAUGUGUCACCAGCAAGUAGCAAUAAAUGACAACGUAACUUUAGACAGUUUGUAUGAAAUUGUACCUAGUGUUCCCAAACCAUUGAUGCACGAAAUUUGAAAUGUAGGCCAACUUGUAACAGAGUCUCUCAAAUUUCUAAGAGACCUUUCUGCUAUUUGUGACCCACCACGACAAAAUGAGUCGCAUGUCGCACAGAAGAUGAGCCUAAAAUGACACCAGGACAUAAUAGAAGAAAUUGAUAUGCUCCGAUUUUACAAAAGGCAGACAAUAUUGAAAUGAACAACCAGUCUGUCUCAACCUGUCAAGCUCAGAGCGACAUGCGACUCAUUUUGUCAUGGCGGGUCACAUUUCAUAUUUCAUAUUGUGUUGUUGUGAAUUUUGACUAUCUCAUAGCUGUCUCAUCCUACUGUACUUAUAUUCAGUGUAAACUAUAUAUAUCCCUAGUAUCUCCUGUAACUCUCUUUAAAGUGUAUAACAGUCUUUAUUUGCCAACUUUGGUAUGGAGGCAGAUGACAGAUAGAUAGACACACCUGAUGUGACUUUUGUGAUGCGGAAAGAUAAUUUGCCAUGGUUUGUUCAAAAUGUUUGGUGCUCUUUUUUAAAAGAUCUUCUUUCUUGUGCUUCAGUUUUGUUGAGCCUUUUCCAAAGCCGCCUCGUAACGGGAGCGAAAAUAAUCUCUAUCGUCAGAUAACUAGUUUGAAGCUCUAUGUGGUCACAUAUGGUGGAUGCAGUGGAGUUGAAAUGAACUGUAAGAGGGAAGGAGCAUAGGAAGGAAGACCUAUGUUUAAUAGUCUGUACAUUUGUAAUUAAUUUAAUAUGUGAAUAUGUUAUGUAAUUCAGUUCCAUAUUGUGUAAUUCAGUUCCAGUUUUCCAGUUUUAAAGGAGGUUCCGCUGUAAUAUAUCGACCAUGGACCUAUCAUAGAUCUUAUGAUGGAACAUGGUAACAUAUACAUGUACUCUAUAAUGGGAUUCCAUCAGACUCUAUAAUGGAAUUCUCUCAUAGAAUCUAUAAUGGAACCAUUUAUUUUAGUUGUUGUCUUCGUAAUACUUACUUUGAUCAAAGUGUUUGUCCAAGUUUCAUUGGAUGAUGAAUACAUAUUUGGCAUCUUAAACUAGGGCCUACUAUGUUCUAAUCACAGCUGGGUUAAUUGCAAACCUCAGUGGAACAGUUUUCCUGGACAGUUGCACUUUCUUGUGCUAGGAGAGUCAAACAGAGGCAGAAAAAUUUAAAAACCUUUACUCUACUGAAUUGAGCUAGCUGUAUUAGAAUACCUAUGACGUCGGCCAAGGUCUGUGAACACAAAAACUACAAGGUUCAAUAAUACUCUAGUCUGGUGUACUGAAAGUGUAAAUAUCCCAGCAUGUAGAUAAAAUGUACCUUUUUGGUGUUUGUGACAUUAUUGUUGCCACAAGCACUGAGUGAGAUUUGUGAAAAUUGAAUGUUAGGAUUUUAAAAAUGGUGAAGAAAUGA